AUGGAGGAGAUCCAGGCCCCAGACAUCCAAAGGGCCCAGAGUACCCAAGGAAGACCACCAAAGGGGGCAACCAUGCCACCCCCCUGGGAAGAGCUGAGAGCCCCAGACGAGGGGUCACCCAGCAGCCACGGAGCAGAGGCCAGAGGGGGUUGCAGUGACGUGCCCGUGGGCUCUGCCGGCAGCCAGCUGUGCCAGAGAGGACCGAGUCCCAGGCCCACAGGCCAGAGGCCUGAGGGUGCCCCACCCCCGAGAAGGCCAACACCUCCUCCCAGCCCAUCAGCCCAGAUGGUUAACAGAGAACGGGGAGUGAGCUCCUGGAGAGAGGAGACCACCUGCAAAGAUGUAACAGCCUCCCCACUGGUUGGAGAUCCCUCCAGUUGGGCCAAUGCACUAGAGGUCCCCCGCACCAGGGCUGAGUCCCCAUGCAACCACCCGCCCACCCACAACCCUGGCGACACAAUAACCAGGACCCAAGCCCCCAAGGCCCAGCCAGAGCCCCAGCCCGGGGGCGGGGCACCCCCAGACCCCCAAGCCCCCAUGCCCGUCCCGGACCCACCCAGGGGUAGCCAGGCUACCAGGCCAGUAACCAACGUCUGCUAG